AUGGAGGAAAACACAAAAACACCAUCAGCUGAGGAGCUAUUAAGAAAGAUCCAGGAGCUAGAAAAACUCCAAUCUCACCUCAAACAAAAAAUAUCAAAACUCAUGCUCUCUCGUAACCAGAAAAAACCUGAGCACCAAUGGUCUAAUUCAUCAUAUGGUGGACUCAAGCUUCGAUUCAUGGAGCCUUUAGAUAUGAAGCUAACAGAAUCACAGUUUUUAAAUAUAAUUCAAUCAAUGGAUCAAGCUGUACAUAUAUAUGGUCUCAACCUUCGGAUAAUCUUCUGGAAUCGAGCUGCAGAAAAGCUUUAUGGAUAUACAUCAGCUGAAGCUUAUGGAAAAACUCCCACAGAGCUUGUAGUGGAACCUAAAGAUGGCUCAUUAUCUGAUUAUCUCCUUGAACGAACAGUAAAUGGAGAGACUUGGUCUGGGGAGUUUCCCAUAAAAAGUAAAAAAGGUGAAAGAUUUGUAAUUAUUGCUACAAAUUCACCAUUUCGUAAUGAAAACAGAGGAUUAAUUGGGGGUAUGUGUGUUUCAAGCGCUUCAAGUCCAUAUCAUGUAAGGAAUCAUAUUGAUUCUCAACAACCUCUACAGACAUCAAUUGCCUCAAAGAUAUCAAAUUUGGUCAGUAUUUCAAAGGUGAAGAUGAAGAUGAAUAUGGGAGACAACUACACAGAUCAUGAAGAUGGGAUUGAUGUUGCCUAUGAUCAUAGUGAACCAAGCACCCCAAGGGGACAUAUUCUGUCUCCAUUUGUAGAUCUUUUUUCCAAAAGCACAGUGGAGCAUUUUACAAGAAAACUUAAAAUAGAUUCUGGAUAUGAGAGUGAAAACAAAUCAGGAAUCUACAAGUUUUUUUCUUCAAAAGCAGAUGCAUGGAUGGCUAAAAAAAGAAAUUCAUGGUCACAGAAAGGAAACGAAAGAGUAGAGUCUUUUGAUCCUAUAUUUGGUAGGUUUGGUUGGCAAAGGUUAGAUAUCAAUCAAGAACACGAGCCUUGUCCAAAAAUAAGCUCUUGUGUUUCCUCAAAACAAGACUUUCAACUAUUGGAAAAUACCAACAAGAGCAAUAACAAAAUCGAGGCUUCAGGGUUGUGGUUUUCUUCAUUACAUGUUAGUAGAAGUACUACAAGUAACUCAAGUAGCUCAAGCAGCAGUAUGAGCAUCAAAAACAAUGCCAUCAUCAAAGUGGAGAGGGAAACCGAUAGCCUUGAUUGUGAAAUCUUGUGGGAGGAUUUGAUAAUGGGAGAACAGAUUGGACAAGGUUCAUGUGGGACUGUAUAUCGUGCACUGUGGUGUGGAUCAGUAGGAACCUUGGUGCACAGGCUCAUGGUAUGCUGGGAUGUUGCGAUCAAGUUAUUUGAAUAUCAAGAGUAUCCAGAUGAUUUGAUGGUAUCAUUUAAACAGGAGGUAUCUCUAAUGAAAAAGCUUCGACAUCCAAAUAUUUUGCUCUUCAUGGGUUGCGUGACCUCACCUCUGCAUUUAUCCAUUGUCACAGAGUUCCUUCCCCGUGGAAGUCUGUUUCGGAUACUUCAGCGAAAUACAACCCGAUUAGAUUGGAAACGUCGUCUCCAUAUGGCCAUGGAUAUCGCUCGAGGCAUGAAUUAUCUUCAUCAUUGCAACCCACCGAUUAUUCACCGUGAUUUGAAGUCUUCAAAUCUUCUUGUGGAUAAGAAUUGGACAGUGAAGGUCGGUGACUUUGGUCUCUCUCGUGUCAAGCAUCACACGUACCUCAAAACAAAGUCGGGGAGAGGAACGCCUCAAUGGAUGGCUCCUGAGAUCCUACGUAACGAGGAAGCAGAUGAAAAGUCUGAUGUAUACAGCUAUGGUGUGGUAUUGUGGGAAAUUACCACUGAGAAGAUCCCAUGGAAUGAUCUUAACCCAAUGCAGGUUAUCGGAGCUGUAGGAUUCAUGAAUCGACGACUAGAGAUUCCAAAAGAUGUUGAUCCACUGUGGGCUUCUCUAAUCGAAAGUUGUUGGUGCAGUGAACCACAAUCCCGGCCAACAUUCCAAGAAAUACUAAAUAAACUUAAAGAUUUGCAAAAGAAGUAUGUGGUUGAACACAGGAGAAAGGAACCGUAAAACAAAUCUUGUGCAUGCUUGGUUUCUUCUCUUGUCAGAUGUCACCAUUUUUCCUUUAAAGAAUUUCAUUUGAUUCGGUUACACAAACGAGGGAAGCAAGCUGGACUUCUUACAUACUUGGAGCUACCUUCAGAGGCGAAUGGGAUUCGUGACACGUUCCACAUGUGCUAUACGUGAAAGCGCUUUGCGAUGGAGGAUAAAGUCAUACCACUAUUCCAACUUGGGAUGGACAAAAAGAAAUGACUCAUAGAAGAGCCGGGUAGACCCUUAAAUGAAAGGCAAAGAAACAUCGAAAUAAAGAAAUCAAGUGGUAUUAGUGAAGUGGAAGCAUAAUUAUUUUGGGGGAGAAUUUGAUAUAUGACAUUUUUAAAC